AUGCCGUCUACCGGGUCUUCGCGAACUAUGCGGUCCCGGUAUCCGCCACCACCUUGUGUCGAGGAGGAGCCAGCCUCACUCGCUCGAGAAUUGCACGGCCUCUCGAACUUGAGUGAAAAGCCCGGCAUUGAGGGCGCUCGUGUGAGAGGCACUGUUGAUCAAUACCCAGUCAUUAUGAAUAUGAAUUCCUCGCAGCCUGAAGCCCCUCCAGGCGUCAACAGCAUGCCCGGCAUGGGAAAUUUCUCUUCGGACGAUAGCAGCGGACCAGCCACACCUCCUCCCAGGAUGGCAGAGCCUAGUCUGCGCCCAAGAUCCGGAUCUCAAGCGACUUCCCGGCCGUGGCCUCCUCCGGCAUCCAUGUCGUCCUCUUCGAGCAAGCCUCGAGAACGACCAUUGCCCCCGGUCCAGUCACAAUCGGCUCGCGAGACCGUCACGUCCCGACCGCCUCGUCCACGGUCCCUCGCACGAGAUGACGACGUGCCUACCCGUGGUCGUGACCGAUCGUACUCGGAAGUAUACCCUCCACAGCCUAUGCGCGAGGUGAGGAUGUCUCGCCAAUCUCGUCCACCAUCAGUCACACGAGAAGAGAACUACAGAGGUCGUGAUCGAUCAUCGGUGGAUAUCUCCCAGCAGCCGAUGCGUGAAACCAGGUCACAUCGUCUGGCUCGUCCGCCUUCGCCUAUACUCAAUCAUUUGGCAACGUCGACCAUGUCCCGUGGCCGCGCACAACCACCACAGGUCUAUCAGGAAACUCCUCGUGAACUGGGUAUUCCUCAACAGGCUCGUCCAUCUUCGCAUUCGCCGCAACGUGGUGAUUCUAUCAGGCACGAGGCACCGGUGCAUAUUAUCCCUCAUAGCUCAUAUGGCAUGCGUUCGGCGCGGUCUCGCUCUCGAGGUCCUGGCUAUGAUAGGACCUUCGUGGAGACACCCAAGUCAUCCAUUGGCCGUUCUAACAGCGCAAAAUAUGUUACCUCGCGGCCUGUUAAGUCCCGUCCACGGCAGGAGUCACCACUUGGCUAUCAAUCGGACACGGCGACCGCUCGAGCUCGGCCAGCCGCUUAUGCACCUCCCCCUACCGCGCCGGGGAAAGCACCGAUUGGAAAAGUAGCAAACGGCCGAACACUUGCUGAAAGAAUUGAAGAGAAGCUGCGCCAACGCCAGGAGCUUCGCGAGGCUGCAUCUUCGUCUGAUACCGAGACUCGUCCGAGGACCGAAAAGUUGAGGCCUAUCAGUACGAUUUUGCACCCCUCUGUUCCGACGUCCGCGCCUCAUUCGCCUUCGAGGGAGGCUAAUUGCACCAUGAGCCGCCGGUCUCGUGAGUCAACGCAAGCUUCCACGAACCCCCGUUCAUCAGUGCCCACCAUCGUGCCCUCCAUUGCACCAUCGCUGGUUCGAUCAAAACCCAAGACCCGAGGCCAUUCAAGAUCUAUUUCGUCCGAUGAUGCCCGACCCUCACGCCCUGCGACUUCCGUCAAAUUCCAAGAUCAACCCGGGCAAAGACAGAGUCCACCUAAAGCCCCUGCUACCAAGCAGACCAAUCUCUCACAACGGCCGUCCAACCCAUCUGGACUAUGCAUCACCCUGUGCCCGCGGUCUCUUCCCGUAGCCGGCCACAAUGACUGGUACACCCUCAAGGGUCUGACACACCUCGACAUCUGCCCAAGCUGCAUGAAGCAAAUUGGACACUCGCGCUUCCGCGACCUCUUCAUCCCCAGCUUAGCCAAACCCCCAACCCAGAAAACCCGCUGCGCCUUCAGCAACCCCUGGACCAGACUCGCCUGGACGCAGAUGAUCAAACAACAGCACGAAAGCCUCGAAAUGCUGUACCAAAUGACUCGCCCGCCCCCAGGAACCCGUCUCUGCCCCGGCCGUGCCGCGUCCGAACAAACCUGGUACCGCAUCAUCAACGCAGACACGGGCUCGUACCUCCCCAGCUUCCACAUCUGCGGCAGUUGCACGCGCAAUGUACGUGUUCUCAUGCCCGCACACCGAGACACAUUCCAGCACUGCCCGGAAGUCCAAGAGCGCGCCUGCGAUCUCGUCACAAGCAGCCCCCGCUUCGUCAAGUACAUCGACCUUCUCGACGACGCCGCAUCCCGCGCAGACUCGGACCCGUCACGCCGCCCCGACCCGCGCGAGUUCCUCGCCUACGCAAAGCGCAAGGUCGUCCUACGCGAUUGUCUACGCGACAGACCCGUUCUCAGCAGCUGGCACUACAUGCCCGAGCUACCAGAACUAAGCGUUUGCGAAGACUGCUACGACGAAGUUGUCUGGCCUCUGGCAAAAAUGCACCACCCCCUUGCGCGAUCCUUCUCAACCUCUUUGCGCUAUUUACCCGGUGACGGGCCGAACCGCUGCCGCGAGGCGAGCUGCCAGUUAUACUCGGGUCGAAUGCGGGCGCGGUUCAGGGAAGCCGUUGUGAAGGAUGAUUUUCCUGGUUUGAGAGAUUUUGCGUUGAGGAGGUUUGAGGCUGAGAGGAGGUUCCGGGAUCGGAGGGAUGAGUUGCUUGUUGCUCAGGGGAAGGGGUAUGAUUGUGAUGUUGAGAUGAAGAAGGCGGUUGAGGAGUGGAGGAGAUGGGAGUGA